AUGGCAGCCGCUGCUGCGAUUUCAGAUUUAAUGUUGUGUGAUGAAAGUGAAGCAGUUGGAGAUACCAUCGAAAAUAAUGCAACUGAAGAUACUCCAUCUGAGGAUCCUCGAGACAAAGGAGAGGCAAAAAAGAGGAAAACUAUGGAGAAAAGAUCAGAGGUCCUAGGCAAACACGGUUGGUGUUACAAUCUUGUCAAAGCUCAUCACUUAGUAGUUGGAAUUUUGAGCAAGAAGAGUCAUAAAGGUAUAGAUAUUGGUUUGGAAAUUGAGAAGUGCUUGCAUGAUUGGGGAAUCAAUAUGAUGUUUACGAUUACUGUUGAUAAUGCUUCUUCGAAUAAUACUGCAUUGGUUUAUUUGAAAAGAACUAUUAGGCAAUGGGGGGAAAGUGUAGGAAAUUGUGACUAUAUGCAUAUGAGGUGCAUUGCUCAUAUAUUCAAUUUAGUGGUGCAAAAAGGCUUGAAAGAGAUUGGACCUUCGGUGAAGAAAAUCAAAAAUGCAGUUCGGUUUAUUAGGCACUCAUCUACAAGGCUGGGCAAAUUUAAGGAGUGUUGUGAACUAGAAAAAAUAUCUAGUAAGAGCAUGUUGUGCUUAGAUGUUGCAACUCGAUGGAACUCGACAUUCUUCAUGUUGGAAGCUGCGACAACUUUUGAGAAAGCUUUCUAUAGGUUUGAGUUGAUAGACUUAUCAUAUAAAAAGGAUCUUGAAGUAAGGCAUAAGGAUCUUGAAGUUGAUGAUGAUGAUGAGGAUGAGGAUGCGGAUGAAGAUAAAGUUCACGGGGUGCCAAAAGAGGAAGAUUGGAGGAAAGCAAAAUUAAUGUUGAAUUUCUUGAGGAUUUUUUAUGAGGCAACUAAUAGGAUUUCUAGAUCUUUAUGUGUUACCUCUAAUUUAUUUCUUCAUGAGAUUUACAAAGUGCAUGCAUUGUUGAAGGCUUUCAUAGAGGGUGAUGAUUUUGAAUUGAGUAUCAUGGCAAAGAAAAUGAAAGAAAAAUUUGACAAGUAUUGGGGGAAUCCUAGGAAGAUGAAUAAGCUCAUUUUCAUGGCUGUUGUUGUUGAUCCUCGAUACAAGUUGAAGUUGGUGAAACUUGUGUUGGCACAUAUGUACGAUGAGGAGUUGGCUAACUCAUUUGGAAAUGAAGGUGAGGCUGAAUUAGUUAACAUGUGUGGUGAUUACAAACAGUCAAUUGUCCAACAAAAUGUAGGACAUGCAGAAUUGAAAUUGAAUGCUACACCUGAUGAUAAUGAUGUAUUGAAGAAUGCUAUGAAAAUGGUGAGUUCCUUGUGCGAGACUUUUCACCAAAGGCAUGAUGAAGUCAAUGAUGUACAUAAAUAUCUUAUGGAGGAUAUUGAGAGUGGUGGGUCAAAAUUUGACCUUUUGGAUUGGUGGAAAAGUAAUGAAUAUAAAUAUCCUGUACUCUCCCAAUUUGCCCGUGAUAUUCUAGCAGUUCCUAUCUCCACUGUAGCAUCUGAGUCCGCUUUUAGCACCGGUGGCCGAGUUCUUGAUCCAUUUAGGAGCUCUUUAAGUUCUAAAGUUGUCGAGUAUCUUGUUUGUGGUCAAAAUUGGCUUCGCAAAUCUUCCAAAUUUAGUGUUGAAGAAAUUCUUGAAGAUGUCCAAAAGAUAGAAGAAUGUAUUACAUUGAUGUCUACUCAAGAUUCAACAAAUUAA